AUGAGCUUCGCGAUCGAAGUCCCCGGGAGCGCAAAUCCCUUAAGCUACCAAGACUUAUGCCGCACGCUUCAAAACGCAACGACAUCCCCAGAUGCAACCCAAAGACAGAGCUCCGAGCAACAGUUGACUACCUGGGAAACUCACCCCGGGUACUACAGCUCGUUGCAGUCGGUGUAUCUAGACAAAUCCCUCCCUCUAGAACCUCGAUUUCAAGCCGUCAUUCAGCUCAAGAAUGGCAUCGACAGAUACUGGAGACUCUAUGCACAUGUCAAGAACGGCGUCAGCCCCGAGGAGAAGACUCUCAUCCGAUCACGUUUGUUCCAGGGUACGAUCGACGAAGGCGAGGAGAGGCUCGCAGAGCAUAAUGCAUUGGUAGUGGCGAGGAUUGUGCGGAUAGAUUAUCCUGCAGAUUGGCCAGAGGCCCUCCCUCAGAUUAUCGAGCUGCUUCGAACAUCCAGGCAUGGCAACCAGCAACACCUCUUCGGCACCCUGCAAAUUCUGCUACAAGUUGUCAAGGAGCUGGGGACUGCCCGCCUGAGGAAGUCGCAGACGGCCCUCCAGUCGGUUGCUCCUGAAAUGGUGCAUGUGUUGAGCGAGAUCUAUUCUGAAAGAUCCGAGCUUGGCAUAAAUUUUCUCGCUAGUCGGCAAGGAAACGAACAAGAGGCUUACCAGUCAUUGCGCAUUAGUCUUGUAUCGUUGAAGAUUCUACGAAGACUCGUAAUUGUUGGAUAUGAACGCCCACACGCAGACGAGAAGGUAGAGCAGUUCUGGUCCAUGUCUCAAAAUCAAUUUGGGCAGUUACUUGGUCUCGUCGGCAAUGAGUCGAAUCUACCACCGCUCUUCCAGGAGGUGGCCGGGGGACAUCUUUUACAGUUCACAAAACUACAUAUCAAUAUGUCAGACCAGCAUGCUGCUGGAUUUGCUGUCCUGCCAAACACCCUUCCACUUGUCCGCGCAUACUGGGACCUAGUUGCCAACUUUGCUGAGAGUUUUGCGACUUCUGGUGGCAUUCGCCAAAGUUCAGGGGGAGGCGGAGCCACCAAGGCCAAGAUUGAAGGCCCGUUGCUAGAGAAGCUUGCUGUCAAAGGACUUCUUCUACUUCGAGCCUGCAUCAGGAUCGCAUUCCAACCCGUCCAAACUUUCAAAUAUCGUACUCCCCAGACAAAAGCGGAGCAGGAGCAGGCCAGAACACUUGUUAAGACAGAACUGUGGAAACCCGAACUCGUGGUUCAAAUUGUGAACUGCAUCAUCACGUAUCUCUUCGUGUUUCGAAAGUCGGACUUGGAGGCCUGGGAAGAAGACCCAGAAGAAUGGGAAAAGGAGCAGCAGAGCGAGGGCGAUGCGUUUGAGUGGCAGGUCCGGCCUUGCUCGGAAAAGCUCUUCCUAGAUCUUCUAACAAAUUUCAAGGACCUGCUCAUUACUCCGUUAAUGACUUACUUUCAAACCGCCGAGAACCCACAAGCGGACAUCGCGACGAAGGAGGCUGUAUACACUGCAAUGGGCUUGUCCGCGGCACACGUCGUCAACAAGUUCGACUUUGACGCAUUCCUUGCAUCAACCAUCUCUCAAGAUGCACAGCAGUCUGGUGAAUUGUUCAAGAUUCUCCGCCGACGCAUUGCCAUCUUAAUCAGUCAGUGGGCUCCAGUAAAACUUGAGGAUCACAGCCGGCCUAUCGCAUACCAAAUCUUCCGGCACUUUCUCAACCCCAACGAUGAGAACAAUGAUGUUGUUGUAAGAAUCACAGCCGCUAGAGAACUGAGGUGGAUUGCAGAUGAACUUGGCUUCAGCGUUGAGGCCUUCCUCCCUUAUACUUCUGAUGUGCUGAAUCAGCUCGUUGUUCUGACUCGAAACGUCGACAUCGACGAAACCAAACUGGCAAUUUUAGAGUCCAUCAGAAUUCUUGUCACCCGCAUGGAGGAUCAAGUAGCGCAGUUUGGUGACCAACUCAUGUCAACCUUGCCGGAAAUUUGGACCAACUCUGGGACAGAAGACUACAUGAUCAAGCAAGGCGUGAUUGCCAUCUUCGCCGCUCUUGUUAUGAGUAUGGGCUACGAAUCGCAGCGCUAUCAGCACUUGAUGGUUCCACUGAUUACAGAAGCAACGAGGCAGGGCUCUGAUCUGCAUGUGCAUUUGAUUGAUGAAUCACUAGAGUUAUGGAACGCGAUUCUCAUGCACAGCAAACCACCGUUGUCCCCGGAGAUGAUUAGUCUUUCCGAAACCCUUCUACCAUUGCUGGAGUACUCGUCCGAAACUGCGUCCGAGGCUUUACUCGCAGUUGAGUCAUACAUUCUGCUUGCUCCAAGUGCUAUUUUAGAAGACCGGCUACGUCGCCCAACCCUCUUGGCUCUACUUGGAGCUUUGGACUCCAAGAGCAGAGAGCUCGUUCGUACGGGCACCGCAUGCAUUGAGUAUCUAACCCGCUCUGCUGUCGAGCUCGGAGGGCCUGCCGGUGUGUCUGUCAUUAUUCAGGAUAUGGUCGAGACAGGGUUCAUGAACAAAAUCCUCGGUCGGUUGCAUGAUGCUUGGGAAGCGCAUCAGACCACAGGCCCGAAUCGCAAGAUCAGUCAACUCAACACACUUACUGAAGGAGACUAUCUUGCAAUCGUGUCACGCCUUGCCCUGGCAGAGCCAACCCUUUUUGUCCAAAUGCUGACAUCCUUUGGCAGUUUAGACCAAGUCUGGGGCUGGCUAUCCUCGGAAUGGUUCUCAUACAUGCAGGGGAUUGAUCGCCUUGAGAGGCAGAAGCUUUAUCUUCUGAGCUUGACCCGUCUUCUGGAGCUUCCCUCGCCUAUGCAGGAGCUCGUGCUUGCAAAGCUUCAAGACUUCGUGAGCAUGUGGUUAAACACAAUAGCUGAGUUGCAGGACGGUACUACAGAUGGAACGGACAGCUUGCUGUGGACGGAAAUCGAAGCGGGCGAGUACGAUUACCCGAAGAUGAUUCUCCAGCGAGAGACCCAGAUGAAGGAUCCGGUGCAUUCAAUGAGUGCGCUUGGAUUCGUGAGAGAGAGACUGCAGGAUCUGGUCAGCCGCGUUGGAGGUGAGGCUGUGUUCGAGGAACAGUGGGCUGUGAACGUGGACAAGGAAGUGAUGGACCAGUUCCGCCAAAUGAUGGGCGCAGCUGCAGGACAGCAGCAGUGA